AUGGGCAGGACUUCCGGCGGAGACCGCGCCGGGCGGCGCAACAACUUCGCUGCAAACAUCGGCAGCAAGCACCACGCGCACACCCAGCGCAAGUCGGUUCAGGAAAUGCACGACCGUGCCAUCGCGAAGCGGCAGCCGCUGCCGUGGCAGCAGAUCGGACUCGUCUCGGUCAGCUUCGUGUCCUUCUGCACGCUCCUCUACCUCUACCUCAACUACCUGGCCGAGGAUGACGACGACCUUGAGGAGUCAGAGUGA